UGGGGGCUUGGUUGCUGCUUUUCAGGGAAGAAAAUCGUUCUUUCAAAAAUUAAUAAAUCCAUAAAUAUGAUUUUUUUUUUCCAUGUAUAAAACCCAAGACUUGAUCAGACAUUCUUGAUUCGCCUGUAUUUAAAUUUUCUUUAAAUUCUUAUUAUUAUUUUGCAAGAAGAUAACGGCUCCGUAUGCCGCGUAACAAACCUCAUCGAUUGGCACAGCAUGGCAUAUAGAAUCAAGAAAACACGUAAAUGUUGAAGAUGACCACUCCUAACGACCUCAAGUCUCCCUGUGUGCCGAGGAACGGCUUGGUCAAACUUCCUGCCCAGCCCAAUGGUCUUGGCUCGGCCAGCAUCACCAAAGGAACCCCAGCGAUCAAAAACCGCCUGUGCCAGUCCUCCUCCGUGCCCACCAUCCUGCUUCCGGCCAGCCUGCCGUGCCACAUGGAACCCCUGCCCACCGCUGCAUCCCUCCUGGUGGGUGAUCCAGAUGAUGGCUCCCCCACCUCGGACCAGCCCCCACGCAGGAAGCUUUCCAAGCCCUCCUUGGAGCGACAGGUGGUGCUGGAUGAGAAGGUUCUCAACCGGCUGCUCUGGUACUUCACCAUGGCAGAGAAGUGCAUCCUGGCGCAGGUAUGUAAGACCUGGAGGAAGGUUCUCUACCAACCCAAGUUCUGGGAAGGGGUGACGCCCAUCCUGCAUGCCAAGGAGCUCUACAGCCUCCUGCCCGGCGUCGAGAAGCAGUUUGUCAGCCUGCAAGCCUUCGCCCUGCGCGGGUUCCACUCCUUCUGCCUGGUUGGGGUCUCGGACUUGGACAUUUGCGAGUUCAUUGACAACUACCCCCUCUCCAAGAAGGGAGUCAGGUCUGUCAGUCUGAAACGGUCAACCAUCACAGACGCCGGCUUAGAGGUGAUGCUAGAGCAGAUGCAGGGUCUGGUGCACCUGGAGCUGUCCGGCUGCAAUGACUUCACAGAGGCGGGGCUAUGGUCCAGUCUGAAUGCGCGGCUCACCUCCUUGAGCGUUAGUGACUGCAUCAACGUGGCGGACGACGCCAUCGCCGCCAUCUCGCAGCUCCUGCCCAACCUGUCUGAGCUGAGCCUGCAGGCCUACCACGUGACAGACACAGCCAUGGCCUACUUCACUGCCAAGCAGGGCUACACCACCCACACGCUGCGCCUGCACUCCUGUUGGGAGAUCACCAACCAUGGCGUGGUCAACAUGGUGCACAGCCUGCCCAACCUUACCGCCCUCAGCCUAUCUGGCUGCUCCAAGAUCACAGAUGACGGCGUGGAACUGGUUGCGGAGAACCUCCGCAAACUGCGCAGCCUGGACCUGUCCUGGUGUCCCCGUGUCACGGACAUGGCGCUGGAAUACAUCGCCUGUGACCUGCACAAGCUUGAGGAGCUCAUACUGGACAGGUGUGUUCGUAUCACAGACACAGGACUCGGGUACCUCUCCACCAUGUCAUCCCUUCGCAGCCUGUACCUGAGAUGGUGUUGCCAGGUACAAGAUUUCGGUUUACAACACCUCUUUGGGAUGAGGAGUUUACGCCUCCUGUCCUUAGCAGGCUGUCCAUUGCUGACCACUACAGGACUGUCCGGCCUUAUUCAGCUUCAGGACCUGGAAGAACUGGAACUGACCAACUGCCCAGGGGCCACUCCUGAGCUCUUCAAGUACUAUUCGCAGCACCUGCCCCGGUGCAUGGUCAUCGAGUAGUAAGAGGACGCGGACGAUUGGCCAGAGUACCAAACCUUCUCCUCCAAUCGAAACCGAGAGCUGACCAACCUACUUCAUGCAGAACUUGGAGAAAAAUGAAACAAAACAAAAU